AUGUCGCGCGAUUCUAGGGAUACGCAAGAAAUCGAAUCAAUCGAUAGGAACAGUGGUGUGACUGUGUCAGUACGCGGGAAAUUUGUGGAGUUACUGGUACUCUUCUGCAUGCAAAAGGAACUUUUCCAGUGCAGAAAUGGAAGGGCCCUUACUGGCUGGUACUGGUUUCAGUGGCUUGUUGCUGGGCGAGACGCAAAUAUGCGUGCGGAAAGCAACGCUCGAGUGGUUUAUGGAGACGCAGACAUCCUCUUAGGCACCCUCUUGACAAGAUGA